GGGCAGAUUGAAAUUUCGCCGCCUUUGCGAAAGCCGGCUGCAGAAAGAGGUGGGGACGAGGCGCUCUCAAGCUCGCCGGCUGGUGGUGGCUCUGGUGGCCCGAGUUCCAGCAUGAAGCUGCACUGCGAGGUCGAGGUGGUCAGUCGGCAUUUGCCCACUUUGGGGUUAAGGAGCCGGGGUAAAGGCAUCCGGGCGGUGUUGACGCUGUGUCAACCGUUGCCCCGCGCCGGUGCUGAGCGGGGCGACCCUCACCCUGCCUGCCUGUGCAUCGCCACCCUGAAGGACAAGCGCGGGACCCGCUAUGAGCUAAAGGAGAACAUUGAACAGUUCUUUACUAAAUUUGUGGAUGAAGGGAAAGCUACCGUCCGGUUAAAAGAACCUGCUGUGGACAUCUGUCUAAGUAAGGCCAACCCCAGCAGUUUAAAAGGUUUCCUUUCAGCUCUGAGACUGGCUCAUAAAGGUUGUGAUUUUGAAGCACCACUUUCAACACAAACACCAGUGAAGACUUCAGAAUUUGAAAAAUUUAAAACUAAAAUGGUUAUCACAUCGAAAAAGGACUAUCCUCUCAGCAAGAAUUUUCCAUAUUCUUUGGAACAUCUUCAGACUUCUUACUGUGGCCUUGUCCGAUUUGAUAUGCGUGUUCUGUGUUUAAAAAAACUUAGGAAAUUAGACUUGAGUCAUAACCAUAUAAAAAAGCUUCCCACUGGAAUUGGAGACCUCAUUAAUCUUCAAGAACUUAACCUGAAUGACAAUCACUUGGAGUCAUUCAAUGUUGCCUUAUGUGAAUCUACUCUCCAGCAGUCACUUCGGAGUUUGGAUCUCAGCAAGAACAAAAUUAAAGCACUCCCUCUGCAGUUUUGUCAGCUACGAGAACUGACAGAUUUAAAACUUGAUGAUAAUCAGUUGAUAAGAUUUCCCUUUAAAAUCGGACAGCUGAAAAAACUUCGUUUUUUGUCAGCAGCUCGAAAUAAACUUCCUUUUUUACCUAGUGAAUUUAAGAAUUUAUCCCUUGAGUACUUGGAUCUCUUUGAAAAUACUUUUCAACAACCAAAAGACCUUCCAGUUAUAAAGCUGCAAAUGCCAUUAACUUUAUUGGAAUCUUCUGCACGGACCAUAUUACAUAAUAGGAUACCAUAUGGCCCUCAUAUCAUACCUUUCCAUCUUUGCCAAGAUUUGGAUGCUGCAAAAACUUGUGAUUGUGGAAGAUUCUGUCUAGACUCUUUUAUUCAAGGAACUACUACCACGAAUCUACACUCCAUUGCUCACACUGUUGUCUUACUGGAUAAUAUGGGUAGUACACAAGCACCUAUUACCUCUUACUACUGUUCUCUAGCCUGUUACGUAAAUUCUUCUGAUAUGUUGAAGUGAUGAAUGAUACCGCAAAAAUAAAUUAAUUUUAUGGAGUUUAUAAAAUUGAAUGAAACUCAUUUAUUUCAUUUUAUAAACCACUUCAGGAAUAUUAUGUUUCAGCAAUGUCAAAUUGAAGGGAGAAUGUGUUCUGUAAGACCACUUGACUUAAAGGCCUUAAUUUUAUUAAAACCUAAUUAAUUUUGUUGUGAGAGUAAUUUUGUUAGUUUUAUUAUACACAACUGUAUAACUAUAUAUAACACAAUUGUUGUAUUGAAGUUGUAUUUAUUUCAGCCUAGGGUUUUCAGAAUGGCUUGUGGGGUAAUCUUAUUUUAUGAUUUGGGGGGGCAUGUGGGGGUCACAUCUAGCACUGCUCAGAGCUUAUUCCUGGCUCUGGACUCAGGUAUUAUUCCUGAUGGUUCUCAGGGGAUUGUUUAUGGUGCCAGGGAUCAAACCCAUGUCCACCAUGUACAGGCAAGGACCCUUCCAUUGUGU